CACGCUCACGCAGCUUAAAUACACAACAGCCAAAGUGACGGGAAAAAAAACAAAAACCAAUCGCUAUUUCUGAUUCUUGAUCAGCUGGCACUCGAGAUGGUUAGCACGAAAGAUAAAGGCAUCAAUGAGGGAGUAUUAAAGUUAAUAGACGAUAUUCAUUAUAGUAACAUUAAAGGUACGUACAAUAUAGUAGUGGCCACUAUAUCUGUUCUGAAAGAAAUCAUAAACAAUGAAGAAUGGACUACUGCUCAAAAUUUGUUAAGCAUAAUAACUAGGAAUGGAAAGUACUUGGUAGAAGCUAUUCCACUUGAAUUCUCGAUUGGAAAUAUGGUUCGUAGAAUAUUACAAAUAAUUAGAGAAGAAUAUACUUCUGAAUUAAAAAAUAAAAAUGAGGAGAUGGACACGCAAGAAUCUUUACACAAAAUUCUCACUGCCGAGGGUGAUCAGGAAGUAGACUUCAAUAUCUCUGUGCCUUUUUUAAAAUCUGCUCUUAUAGAGCACGUCACUGAAUUUGAAGUUGAAUUAGAAACCUGUGCUGGUAAUAUUACUCAGCAAGCUUCUGAGCACAUCCAUUCUAAUGAAAUUAUAAUGACAAUUGGUAAAUCAAAAUUAGUAGAAGAAUUUUUUAAGAAAGCUGCUGAGACACGGGCUUUUGAAGUUAUAGUAGCUGAAGGUGGGCCAUCAUUGAGUGGCCAUGAAAUGGCCAUAAAUCUUGCGAAAGCAAAGAUUAAAACUACGUUAAUAUCGGAUGUAGCUAUUUUUGCUAUGAUGUCACGUGUGAAUAAAGUGAUAAUUGGAACGAAUACUGUUAUGGCGAACGGUGGAUUGAGAGCGAUUUCAGGCUCUCACACGGUUGCUCAAGCUGCGAAACAUUACUCUGUACCAGUAAUGGUUUUAUUACCACUAUACAAAUUAUCUCCAUUAUAUUUUUAUUCACAUGAACAAGAUGGGUUUAACAAACACAUUUCACCGUUGCAAGGUGUAAUUGACAGUGCCAAUGCGCCUCUGUUGGAAAGAAUUCAUGCGUAUAAUCCAGUUUUCGAUUACGUACCACCGGAACUGGUUACUUUAUUUAUUUCAAACACGGGUGGAAAUGCACCGUCAUACGUUUAUAGAUUGCUUAGUGAAUUGUACCAUCUAGAUGACUACGAAUUGUAACAGAUAAAUGGCAUUCUUCUUAUUGAGUGGUUCCUUUUAUAAACUUGAUUUUUAAUCAAAAAAUGUAUUGUUGAUAUUUAAACAUAGAUUCUCGAACAGGAAUAUUUAUUUACACAUUACAAUAUAUACAAGUAAAUAUAAAUUCAUUUUACAAAAAGUA